AUGCAGGUGCUCAAGAUAGCAGUUCUGGUGGCGUUCCUCUGUGCCGCCACUGCGAAGGCUGGCACAGAGCAGCUAGCGGCCAUUUUACCCUCAUGUGCGCUGGAUUGCAUGAUGUCGUCCAUGUCGCAAACGUCCUGUACAGCUACAGACCAGAAAUGUCUAUGCACGGAUGCCAAGUAUACUGUCGCACUUGAGGAAUGUGUGCUCGCCAGCUGCACAAUUCGUGAAUCGUUGACUACGAAAAAUGUCACGACAUCGGCCUGUGGAGCCCCGAUCAGAGACAGAACUAAGCUCGUCUCUUAUGCCGGAGUCGGAGGUGGUAUAGUAGCUCUAAUCGCUUACAUUCUCAGAAUGGUGGCUCGUUUCAAAUGCUCUGGUGCAUUUGGAAUGGAUGAUUGGACAAUGACAUUGACAAUGUGCCUCGUUAUUCCACUCAGUGCACUCUCGGUUGUUUUGGCCGACACCGGUCUGGGUCGAGAUUUGUGGACGCUUCCGUUGAACAAUAUCACCCAUAUUCUCUAUAUUUAUUUCUGGGACGAGUUGAUAUACUUGAGCAUCUUGCCCUUGACGAAGAUCUCAAUUCUCUGCUUCUAUCUUCGUAUCUUCCCAGAGCGCCGCUUUCGAAUGGCGACUUACUUCGUCAUUGGAUUGAAUCUGAGCUACUUGGUUGUCUUUGUCUUGAUAUCGGUGUUCCAAUGCCGACCCCUUCCUGGAGCGUGGCUUCACUGGGAUGGCGAGGGCGAUUAUCAGUGCAACAACAUCAACGCGCAGGGCUGGGCCGCCGCAAUAAUCAACAUGAUCCUUGAUAUACUUGUCAUGGCGCUUCCCCUACGCCAGCUAUAUCAUCUCAAUCUUUCGGGAAGAAAGAAGGCUUAUGUUAUGUGUAUGUUUGGGCUGGGUAUUUUUGUCACACUCGUUAGCAUCCUACGAUUGAAUUCACUUAUUCAUUUUGCCUCGACCGAUAACUUGACCUGGGAUUACGUGACUAUUGGCUAUUGGAGCACUAUUGAAUGCGACGUCGGAGUUAUAUGUGCCUGCCUGCCCGCGAUCAGAUCUCUGCUACGCCAGGCUGCCCCUGGAAUCUUUGGCGACACAGAACAAACUAAGUCAUACGGGAUGAAUUCGCAUACUCGUGGAAAUUCUCGAUUGGAUGGUUCAGUCUAUGUUCAAGGCAAAGGGGAAAGUCGGCAGUUCUACCCACUGGGGGAUAUAGAGACCUCUAGCCAAGCCCACUUCCACCAACGGGCGUAG